CAGGCUACAGUGCUAGCAGCAGUGCUCCUACCCCGCUGAAAAGGUCCGGCCUUCCAUACUGCACCCCCCUCUCUCUAUCGCUCGCUCGCCCUUUGUCAAACCUCGCCGGUCCCGAACCCGAAGCCCCAUUCCUCACUUCAACGCCGCACACCGGAGCGCGCGCCCGGCUCGCUCUGACCGGCGUUGCUGGCGCUCCGUUGCUCCCCCGCUUCUCGCUAUAAAUAACUACACGCACAUCCAGCCAGCCUGCCAGCCAACCAUUGGAGGAGCUUCCAUCCCCACACUGACCGGCCCACCCCAGCUUGCUUGCUGGCUUCUCUUCUUCUUCUCUAGCUCCUUCUCUAACUCCUUCUGUCUGCCCUGCCCUGCCCCGUGCCGAGCCAGAUGGAGAAGGCGAGGAGGCCUCAGGUGCCGGCGUUCGGGGAGUGGAACUACUACUACCACUACGACGAGCCGGCGGCGGCGGCGGCGUGGUACGCCAUGCCGGAGCCGCAGGCCUGCAGCGACGUGUGGUUCAAGUACUCGCCGCCCCCGCACAAGCCCGCGCCCAAGAAGCAGCAAGCGAGGCGGCGGCGGCCGGCGGACUGCGACAGCGUGUCCCGGGAGCGUCAGCGCGCGAGGCCGUCCUUGGACGCCGCUGCAACGGCCAAGGGCGGCACCUCCAGGCGGGUGGUGCGGCCGGUCGACGCGGACCUGUACCAGGUGCCGCCGCCGGAGUUCACCCCCAACCGGCGGCCAAGCAAGAGGAGGAGCCUGUGGAUGAUGGGCUGCCUGGGCUGCGUCGCCUGAGCCGAACCCCUCCCAUGCCUGCCAACGGGAAGCGGGAAGCUGCGUGUUUAUACCGGAGUAGUAUUUACAUUUUCACUUUCUCUUGUUGUUGGGUAGUUCUCUCUCUCUGCGACGUUCGUGCUGAUCUCUUGGCUUGUGGCAAGAUAGUUAUUACUGCUACUCUUUUAGAGUUGGACUUUCUACUCUCUUUUUUGUAUGAUGUGGCGUGGGUAACACUGGCUAUGACCAUUUCGAGCUUCUA